AUGGAACAGGCAGGGAAAGGUGCCAAUGCAUUCCACCAAGCACACACAAUCCCUGAGACUGGAGCCCAGACCCCCGAAUCUGCCCGGCCACAUCAGUCCCGCGUUUUCAAAAUGGAGCAAACCCCACAGAAAUGUAUGAGCUGUGGCAAAAACACACACGCGCGCAGGGACUGUAAGUUCUACAAUGCCAUUUGCCGCAUAUGCAACAAGCGCGGACAUAUUUCUGAUAUCUGCAUGUCCAGUAUCAAUCGCAAAAAGAGCACCCCAAGCAAGACCAAACCCACCCACUGCGUAGAGCAGGAAAUCUCAGAGGGGGAGGAAGAUGAGAUCCAGUGCUUACACAUUUUCAAAUGUGAUACAACCAGUCCCCCUAUUCUAGUACAAGUCAACAUUGAAGGGUCCCCGGUUAGCAUGGAACUGGACACGGGUUCGUCAGUGUCAAUCAUCCCGCGCAAUGUUUACGAGAGUACAUGCAAACACCUAGAGCUCAAACCCGCUAAAGUAAAGCUUCGCACGUAUGGUAAUGAGAUAAUAGUCCCUAUGGGUGUGGUCAAUGCGAACAUUAGUUAUAACGACCAAUGCUGUGAGGCAAAGAUGUAUGUCGUGGAUGGACCUAGAGUUGCACUCUUUGGUCGCUCUUGGCUGCGCCUAUUCAAACUUGAUUGGCCAUCAAUCAAGUUGGUUCAAGGCAAGAACACUGCACUGUCAGACCUCACAGAGAAGUAUCAAGAUGUUUUCAGCGACGAACUAGGUUGUCUCAAGGGAUAUGCUGCGCAGCUACACGUCCGUGAUGGGGCAACUCCAGUACACCAAAAGCACCGCACAGUUCCUUUUGCCAUCCGGCACCAGGUGGAAACAGAACUAGAGAACUUAGAAAAACAGGGGAUAAUCUCUCCUAUCCCCAAUAGCGAAUGGGCAACACCUGUUGUCCCGGUGGUGAAGAAAUCUGGUGGUAUACGCCUGUGCGGGGAUUUCAAGGUUACGUUAAACCCUGAGUUAGUGGCCGAUUCCUAUCCCCUUCCAACCCUAGAUGAUCUGCAAGAAAAAAUGAACGGUGGGUCUUUCUUUUCUAAGUUAGACCUUACCAAAGCAUACUCCCAGAUACCACUCGACGACUCUGCUAAACAGUUCACAACCCUGACCACUCACAAAGGAUUGUACGCCUACAACCGACUUCCAUUUGGCGUAGCGUCCUCAGCGGCGAUUUUCCAGCGACAGAUGGACAGAAUUUUCAAGGACCUUCCACAAGUACUGUGUUACCAAGACGACAUUCUGGUGACAGGAAGAGACAGCGAAGAACACCUUACAAACCUGGAAGAAGUUUUGCGACGCCUACACGCCAACGGUCUCACAGCACAACGAGAGAAGUGCGAAUUCAUGCAGCCAUCGCUAAAAUACCUCGGUCACGUCAUCGACAAAGACGGAAUCCACCCCACGAGUGACAAGGUAGAAGCCAUCAAGACGGCACCAUCACCUCAGGAUGUAACCCAGCUCCGUGCGUUCUUAGGCCUGGUAAACUACUACCAGAAAUUCCUACCCAACCUAUCACAGGUCUUACAACCUCUUCAUCAACUGCUGAAGAAGGACACCAAGUGGUACUGGAGUGCCGAAUGCCAGAAAGCGUUCACCAGUGUCAAAUCAAUGAUCACAGUUGACAACGUGCUGGUGCCCUAUAACCCAGAUCUCCCAAUCAUACUCGACUGUGAUGCAUCGGCAUACGGCCUGGGUGCUGUUCUGUCGCACCAAAUCCCCGAUGGGACAGAGCGUCCCAUCGCGUUUGCCUCGCGGACAAUGAACAGCAGCGAGAAGAACUACGCACAGAUCGACAAAGAAGCCCUCUCCAUAGUCUUUGGCGUUACCAGAUUCCAUAUCUAUCUCUACGGACGCAACUUCACCCUCAGAACGGACCACCAGCCGCUCAUGGCCAUACUGGGCCCCAAGAGAGGAAUCCCUCCCAUAGCAGCCAUGCGCAUGCAACGAUGGGCCACCAAGUUAUCGGCAUACUCGUAUGAUAUCCAAUACAGGUCAUCUAAUGACCACUCCAACGCAGAUGCUCUUUCUCGCCUCCCCCAACACAAGGCUCCCAAGGAUGGGUAUUUUGACCUCGCCGAUUUAUACCAAGUGGAACAGAUGGAUCGUCUUCCCGUCACAGCAGAUGACAUAAGAGAGCACACGGCAGCUGACCCCUUGCUCCACGAAGUACACGAUUAUGUGCUGAACGGAUUCCCUCGCACGACCCCGAGCAACAAUAUGAAACCGUUCCUGACGUGUGCACCCGAACUAUCUCUUCACGAGGGAUGUGUCAUGCGAGGCCAUCGCGUUGUCAUUCCGAGCGCACUGAGAGCACGCACUCUAGACGAGCUGCACGAGAGUCAUUUAGGAAUUGUCAAGAUGAAGGAGCUUGCCCGUGGCCACAUAUGGUGGCCAGGAAUAGAUAAAGACAUUGAGGACCUGGCAAAGAGUUGUGGACCGUGCAACACCACACGGAAUGCACCCCCAUCGCAGUACCACCCAUGGGCCUACCCACAAGCACCAUGGGAGAGGAUACACAUUGACUUUGCCGGACCCGUGGAUGGGAUACAUUUUCUAGUUGUUGUCGACGCUUACUCCAAAUGGCUGGAAAUAGUUCCCAUGCGCACGACUACAGCUCCGGCAACCAUCAAGGUUCUUCAUGAUCUUUUUGCUCGUUUCGGGCUACCCAUUCACGUAGUCAGUGACAAUGGCUCACAAUUCACUUCAGAAGCUUUCGACAAGUUCAUGAAGCAGAAUGGCGUUAAACACACCACUACAGCACCGUACCACCCAAAGAGCAACGGCCAGGCUGAAAGAUUCGUCCAAACCUUCAAGUUGGCAUACGAAGCCGGGCAGGGUCCUCCAUCGCAGAUCAUUGCAGACUUCCUCUUGAAACAGCGCAACACCUCUAAUGCAACUACCCAGCAAACACCGGCCAAACUUAUGUUGGGAAGAAACCUGCGCACACGUUUAGAUUUGUUGUCGCCAUACAGACCAGCAUCUCCUAAGACGGCACCUGCACUAUCACAACCGUCACGAUGCUUUACCAUUGGCCACAAGGUAUGGUAUCGAGACUUCAGCGUCUCUGGUGGGAAGUGGUCUCCAGGGUGCGUAACAACAAAGAUCGGGAAUGUGAUGUACGAAGUACAGCCAGACAAGUUCCCCCAACAACACGUUCGACGUCAUGCAGACCAGCUCUGCGAAAGAACCGCACCUCCUUAUCAAGAUAGCAUGUCUCACCGAGAUCACCAGCUACUUCCGAUGACCACGCCAGCAGCUGAGCCACUCAGCUGCACAGAGGAAGAUGGCGACGCUACAGAAACAUUAAAUCCCCCUCAAACAACAAGACAGCAAAAUCCACCGACGAUCAGUGAGGAAGUUCCCGAGGAUGCGGGAGAGCCGGACAUGCCUAGGAGAUCGUCACGCGCGAACAAGGGCAUAGCGCCAGACAGGCUGAACUUAUAA